UCUCCCUAUUUAUACCUCUUCCCAACCAAAACCUUUCCCAUAAACAAACCCCUCUGCCAUCUACUUUUGUUGCUGUUGUGGUUGCUCUUGUUUCUUGGGCUAUUUAGGUGCUCUCAUUGUUGUCACUUGGAGAGAGGGGUUUGUUUGUAUCAACCUUAAAAAAAUAAAAAGUAGUCAUGGCUAAGUUUGUUGCCAUCUUCAUCUUUGCUCUCAUUGCCAUUUCCAUGCUUCAAACCAUGGUGAUGGCAGCUCAUGGCCAAGGAGGUCACCACAAUGACCAGAAACAUUAUGGCCCUGGGAGUCUCAAAAGCUUCCAAUGUCCAUCACAAUGUACGAGGAGAUGCAGCAAGACUCAAUAUCAUAAGCCAUGCAUGUUCUUCUGUCAGAAGUGUUGCAAAAAGUGCCUUUGUGUGCCCCCAGGUUUCUAUGGCAACAAACAAGUCUGCCCUUGCUACAACAACUGGAAGACCAAGGAGGGAGGCCCCAAAUGCCCUUAAGCUAAAAAUAAUUAUUCAAAGCAACAAUAUUUUCUGACUCUUUUACAGAAUUACUGUAUUUCCCUUUUAAUAUUUUAUGUUUUGGGUUUAUUUUGUUCGAGUUAAUUCAUAAUUAACUCUGUAAUGUGAAAAAGUCACUCCUUGAGGAUUAUUUCCCCUAAAUGUGAGUGGCUAAUCUAUCAUAUUAUCAAUGAAAUUUCUUGUUCUAUUA